AUACGACUCGGCCUUAAUGGCCAAUUAACAUAAAAUUGAUAAUUUGAAGCUCAUUAAUAUAAUAGUUGUGUGGUUAUCUUAUGUACAACAAUGUACCAAGUCAGGUGGCCAAUGACGGCCACACAUCUUAACCUUGCCAACGAGCUCCUUAUAUAAAUAGCUAUAGCCUUAAAUUUUGAAUUUAGACAGAAUGAAUAAACUAUGAAUAAGCAAACACUGAGGUGUCAACUUAGAAAACACUGAAAGUAAGAAUAUAAGUUUAGUAAUACUUUCGACCUCUGGAUAUGAUGGAGAUAAAAUGACAAAAAUUAUUGUGACUCUCUUCUUUAUCACAAAUUUCAUAUUCGCCCAGGAGAUCCUAGAUCAUUCGAGUGAAUCACCAGAGGGAGGUAUCACAAGAUUGGACUUGUCCAAAAAGGGACUGACAUCACUGAAGGACUACAACUUUUCGAAAUAUCCCCAACUGGAAGAGAUCGAUCUGUCGGACAAUAACAUAACGCACAUCAAGGAAGAGGCGUUCGUAAAAAAUGAGAAGCUUCAAACCAUCAACUUAUCCGGAAACAAGCAUUUGGAGUUUCCGAAGUAUUCGACAAUUUUCAUCUCGAAAAUCGCCAACUUGAACAUUUCUGGUUGCGGCAUUCGGGCACUGCCGCAGUCGGCCUUUGACGGUCUGCGAUAUCUUAAAACCAUAGAUCUAAGUGAUAACCCUCUGGAGGAAAAGAGUUUUCCCACCACGCCUUUCAGUACAAUUGAAAAUUUGGAAAAGGUGAUAUUGCCGGUCGAAAAUAAGCCGCUCCUCAAAGAGUUGUGCUUGUCGUUUAAUUUAACCGUUACAAUCCGAAGCAAAGACGUCAACAUUCCCGCAGUACAAUGUUCGAAUUAUGUUAACUAUGAGGAGUCUGAAGAGGAGGAUCACACGACAGCUGUACAUGAUCCAGAAACGACCCCGGUGGAGGUACAGGAAGAAGCCAUAAUCACCGAAGCUCCUCUGCCCAAACCGAGGUUGGAGCCCAGAGAGGAGAAAGUGGAGUCACCGGUGGAAAGUGCAAACGAAACUGAAAUACAAACGACAAAGCACGUUGAAAUUAGCACAAUCGCACCCAAAUUGGAGCCACGAGUGAUUCCACCAGAGGUAAAGCCCAACGACACUGUCCCAAACAUUCCAGCUACCAUCAACGUAACCUCCCCUGAAGUCACCGACAUCCCCGCUGAAAUCAAAGAGCCGCAACCAAGACUGGAAAACACAACUGAUGCGCAAGCGAACAAAUCUGAAAAAAUUCAGCAGGAAGCCGAAGAACCUGCCAAAGUCGGCGAGGUGACCGCGACCAGCAACACCGGAUCGACGAUCCUCAUCGUGCUCGUCGUCCUGGUCGUAGUGGCCGGGCUCGCCGCCUUCGGCUACAAGUUCUACAAGAACAAAACGGCGCGCGCCGAGUCCGAGCAGGUCGAGCGCGAGCUGAAGGAAAUCGUCGCCAACAAGAACAUCCGCGCCGAAAUCCCACUGGACGUCGUCGAGAAGGAGCCGCUGAUGAACAACCACCUCGGCAAGGAGAACGGUGACGUUAACAGCGCUCCCGCAGGCAGCAAACGCAACAGCGGCAGCCCCUAUCAGCCCACGACCACAACCUUCAAGCCAGACGGGGCAAGUUAAACUACUGGCGAGGGGGGUACUUAAAAAUCAGACAAGUUUACACUGUAUUUAUUUGUAAGACGUAAAAAUAGUUCAUUUUGUAUACCACUACCGAAGUAAGUUAAUGACAACCCCAAUCCGAUGAAUAUUUUGUAUUGGUAAAAGCAGUUUGUACAUAAGUAUUUUAUUAAUAGAACUUAGAUUAAUUGCGACGCAGUUCAAAGCCCCAUUUUUAAAUAGCGGAGUCGUAUAAAUAGGCGAAGAAUUAAUAGAUCGGCUUCCGGUUGUUUUGGCUUCGGUUAAAAUAUUAAUUGUUUCUGGAAUAAAUUCGUUAUGGAGCCGGCA